UCUAGCUCGGGAGCUUUUGAAUUAAUAUCACAAAAGUUUGAUCUGAUUAGAAAACAUAUUUUUGAAACGUUGUUACGUAUUUAGUACAAUAGUAGUUUGUUUAGAAAACGUGUUUUUGAAACGUUUUUACGUAUUUAGUGUAAGAUUAGUUUGUUCUAAUUAGAAAACGUGUUUCUGAAACGUUGUUACUUAUUUAGUACAAUAGUAGUUUGUUUAGAAAACGUGUUUCAGAAACGUUUUUACGUAUUUAGUGUAAGAUUAGUUUGUUCUAAUUAGAAAACGUGUUUCAGAAACGUUUUUACGUAUUUAGUGUAAGAUUAGUUUGUUCUAAUUAGAAAACGUGUUUCUGAAACGUUGUUACUUAUUUAGUACAAGAAGAGUCUGAAAUGACCGUGACCGUUGACGUGCCACAGAAGAACUUUGCCCGCAAUAACAAAACAAAGAAACAAAAUGAACGAUUAUUGGAUAUAUCGUAUGAUCGUUCAACCUAACGAUAAAAUCUUGAUUCAGACGAUUGCUGUAAACAAAUAUAACAUGAACGACCACGAAGUUAAGAAGUUAUGGAAGAAUAUUUCUCCCGAAAAAAUCUUCGAUCAGAAGUUAACGUGCAGCUUUCAAUUUCAAUCGGAACUUCCACCAUCUGAAUCUUUGGAUGUACAACAACAGUCAUCAUUUAUUUCGCCAUCAUCACUGGCAGUCAAUAUGAGCUCACAGAAACAGGUUGUGGAGAAAGGGAGUAGAUCUGAAGACAAGGAACUUAUUGAAAAG